CGAUAGAGAUUUAUCAAGUUUGAAUAAAAUGUCGGCCGGCGUACGGUGCGUGUAUUUCUCGAUCGCUUCGAGUGGUCUUGCAGUAACUUCGAAAUAAUUACGAUUUUCGAGCGUAGGGUGUACAUCAUGGCAGAAUAUUUAGCAUCGAUCUUCGGCACUGAAAAGGACAAGGUAAACUGCUCCUUCUAUUUCAAAAUUGGCGCAUGCCGCCACGGUGACCGCUGUUCACGUAUUCACAAUAAACCUACAUUCAGUCAGACAUGCCUGCUACAAAAUCUCUACGUGAAUCCCCAGAAUUCCGCAAAGAGUGCAGACGGCUCGCAUUUGGUCGCGAAUGUAUCGGAUGAAGAGAUGCAGGAGCACUAUGACAAUUUCUUCGAGGAUGUCUUCGUUGAGUGUGAAGACAAGUACGGAGAGAUCGAGGAGAUGAACGUGUGCGACAAUCUUGGCGAUCACUUAGUGGGCAACGUUUACAUAAAGUUUCGCAGGGAGGAGGAUGCCGAGAGAGCCGUGAACGACCUGAACAAUCGUUGGUUCGGUGGCAGACCCGUUUACGCCGAGCUCUCGCCAGUGACGGAUUUCAGGGAAGCCUGCUGCCGUCAAUACGAAAUGGGAGAAUGCACGCGGUCUGGAUUCUGCAACUUCAUGCACCUGAAGCCGAUCUCGCGCGAGCUGCGCCGCUAUUUGUACAGUCGCAAGAAGGGCGGUAGGGGAAGGUCGAUAUCGCGCUCGCGAUCGCGCGGCCGAGACCGCAAGCGUAGAUCCCGAUCGCGUGACAGACGAUCGAGGUCCAAGGACCGCCGGAAGAGGGACGACAAGGGUAGAGACGGACGGUCCGGAAGGUAUUAAUUGUAAGCAAUUCCAUUCGAUAUGAAUGCGAGCAUUCCGAUGGCUCGAUUGAACGGAGAGACUAUUAAACAUUGUCUUUUUGUCUAUGAUAGAAUACUCAUCUUCGUAAUAUAUAUUUAUUAUGUACUGCGAUCGUAAUUGUGGAAUCAGUAUUUUUCAAUCAGUUAUAAGUCAUACUAAAGUGUUUUCUACGCGAGAAUAACCCUUGAAGGAUGAUCGCUAGACUAGUGAAUUGUGCAUAGCCGGGCGUCUGAAGUCGCGCGAAUAAUGAAAUUAUCGCGUAGAACGAUAUAUCGGGUGAGGAGCAAUUUUCAUAUUAUUAAAUUGACGUCGUACGGAAUAAGAUUAACGGAAUAAGAGAUCCAAUCGAGUACCGAAUUUCUUCUUUCAGCGACUCGGGCAAUCCCCCGAGAUAAUUAAGAAAAGCCAGUUAUUUAAUUUGUAUCAUGAUAAACGGAACAAAUAUAAAAUAUAUAAGUAUAGAAACAUA